AUGCAGCUCGGCGUCGGCGAAGUCGUCCGAAUCUUCGGCCUCACCUCGGAUAAGGGCCGCGAGCUCAACGGUCGCGAGGCGACAGUCCUCACGGUCGGAGACCGGUGCCACGUCGAGCUGGCUGGCGGCGACGCUGUGUCAGUCCGGAAUUGCAACCUGGUCCGCGCCGGCGAGUACGAUUCGGACGACGGGUGGAACGUCGGCCGUGUCGCGAAACGGCAGCGGACAGAGCCGGGCAGCGCCAGCAGCUCGGGAAGCUCGAGUACAGCGCUCGCGGCCUCCAGCGCUGCGCCCUCGCCAGCCGGAGUGAGCGAGGAGGGCGCCGUCUGGCUCGUGCUCUCGUCCUACUCCUUUCCCGAGGGCUGCGCGUGCGUCGCAAACGCUCCCAUCGCCGCCGCCUUCCGCUCGCUCGAAAAGUUUGAGGUAUCGGUCCAGUGCGAUGACGAUGCGAGUGAGGAGAGGCACUUCAAUUCGGAGGCGCUGCUCUACUCGCGCGCCGCCGCGGUGGCCGCUGGCGUGCCCUUCCCGCUCUCGCAGUGGAUGCCCCUCGGCAAAAGUGGAUUUGCGUACCAGAUCCUCUCCUCGGGCAGCUGCGAGGCGCUGGCCAAGUUCGAGAGCGGCCGUCCGCCCACCGGCUCGGACAACGCGCUGCGCCUCAAGAACGAGGCUGGUCGCUCGAUGGGGUCGGCGCCCGAGAAGCGGCAGCUCGGCAAGGUGUUCGGCCUCGGAGCGAAGACCGCCAUCGACCUCGUCGAGGCGGCGGUGAGUGUCUUCACCGCUGCUGGGUGCCCUCCUCUGCUCCGCCUGGGCUCGCUGCUCGCCUCGCUGCGCCACUUUGACGAGCUGCAGGAGCCGGUCAGCGAGGCGGAGGCGCUCGAGAUGCGGAGGCACGCGGAUUUCAUGGGCGGCUCUCGCACGCGCGGCCGCGCGGGCCACGAUGUGGACUUGCUGCUCUGGCACGCGACGGAGCCAAACAGCUGGGGCGAGGGCGAGGAGGCGUGCGUGCUGCUCCCGCUGCUGCGCGAGCUGCUGCUGCCGGCUGGCGGCGCGACCGGCCCCGGCCUGCUCCCCAAGGAGGAGGCGAGGCUGCAGCUCGUCCGCCGGCCGCACGCCGAGAAGCAGCGGCGUGACGCCGACGGCGCGCGCGCCUACCUGCCUCGGCGCAAGGCGGCGGCGGCGAGGGACCGUGGCUCGGACAUACUACACGGGGACUGGCACGACAAGGCGUAUGGCAUCUGGCGCAAUACUGCUGGCCGACACCGUCGGAUAGACAUCGUCGUGGUCGCGUUCCCGGACGAGCUGCCGUACGCGCGACUGACUUGGACCGGCUCGCGGACCCUCAACCGGCUCCUCCGCCACCGCGCGAUCCAGCUGGGGCUGCACCUCACCGCAAACGGCCUCACCGCCCACCCGCCCGCGGGCCGAGGCCGGCAGGAGACGACGGUCGUGCUCGACGCGAGGCCGGGCCGAGAGAGGGUGGAGGUGGCGCUGGUGGGGCACGCGCCGGUCCCCGACUGCACGAGCGAGGAGGAGGUGCUGAGGGUGCUCGCGGGAGGCACGGACGCCUUUGCGGGCAUAUACGACCCGCUGAUGCGGAAUGCGUGA